CCAGGGGGCCCAGCACUGGGGGGACCCAGCCAGUGCUGUGGCUUCGGAGGACACAGGCAGGAACACUCACAGUGUGGAGACAAUGCCAAAGCUGCGGGGCUUUGAGUUCUGGAGCUGUACCCUGCAACGGGCCCGCCAUGUGGUGGCCCCCAUGGUGGACCAGAGUGAGCUGGCCUGGAGGCUGCUGAGCCGCCGCCAUGGGGCCCACCUCUGCUACACGCCCAUGCUGCAUGCCCAGGUAUUUGUGCGGGAUGCCAACUACCGGAAGGAGAAUCUGUACUGUGAAGCGUGCCCUGAGGACCGGCCCCUCAUCGUGCAGUUCUGUGCCAACGAUCCAGAGGUAUUUGUCCAGGCAGCUCUCCUGGCCCAGGACUACUGUGAUGCUGUCGACCUGAACUUGGGCUGCCCACAGAUGAUAGCCAAGAGAGGUCACUAUGGUGCCUUCCUGCAGGAGGAAUGGGACUUGCUCCAAAGAAUGAUUCUGCUGGCCCAUGAGAAACUCUCUGUUCCCAUCACGUGCAAAAUCCGUGUCUUCCCGGAGAUCGACAAGACCGUGAAGUACGCUCAGAUGCUGGAGAAGGCCGGCUGCCAGUUGCUGACUGUGCAUGGGCGCACCAAGGAGCAGAAGGGGACCCUGUCGGGUGCGGCAUCCUGGGAGCACAUUGAGGCUGUGCGGAAGGCUGUGGCCAUCCCUGUGUUUGCCAACGGGAACAUCCAGUGCCUGCAGGACGUGGAGCGUUGCAUCCAGGCCACGGGCGUGCAGGGGGUCAUGAGUGCAGAGGGCAUCCUGCACAACCCUGCCCUGUUCGAGGGCCGGAGCCCUGCUGUGUGGGAGCUGGCCGAGGAGUACCUAGACAUCGUGCGCCAGCACCCCUGCCCGCUGUCCUGUGUCCGCGCCCAUCUCUUCAAGCUGUGGCACCACACGCUGCAGGUGCAUCAGCAGCUUCGAGAGGAACUCGCCAAAGCCAAGACCCUGGAGGGCAUCGCUGCUGUGAGCCAGGAGCUGAAGCUGCGGUGCCAGGAGGAAAUGGCCCAGCAGGAGGGAGAGAAGCCAGCUGGUGGCUUGCCAUUCUUCCACUGGAUCUGUCAGCCCUAUGUGCGGCCAGGGCCCAGGGAGGGGAGCAAGGAGAACGGCAGUGCCCGCAGCAAGCGAGCCCUAGAGGAGGAGGAGGGCGGCGCAGAUGUCCUAUCCAAGAACAAGCAGAAGAAGCAGCUGAGGAACCCCCACAAGACCUUCGACCCCUCUCUGAAACCAAAAUAUGCAAAGUGUGACCAGUGUGGAAAUCCAAAGGGCAACAGGUGCGUGUUCAACCUGUGCCGUGGCUGCUGCAAAAAGCGAGCCUUCAGAGAGACGGCGGACUGCCCAGGUCAUGGAUUGCUUUUUAAAACCAAAUUGGAGAAGUCUCUGGCCUGGAAAGGGGCCCAGUCCGAGCUGCAGGAGUCUCAGCACACAAGGCCUGGGGCACCAGGUGGCAUCUCUGAAGUUGUGGGCAGUGCUCUGGCCUAAAGGGCUGGCAGCACUCCUGCCCAGGACUGCUGCUGAAGCCUGGACCCGUCUUUCUUACUUAAGGAAAUGCCUUUUACUCAGGGAAUCUCCUGCUAUUGACCAGGGAAGGACGUGCCAGUGUCCUCCUGCUGGCCCACACUGGGGGCCUGGAAAUGCUGCACCGGGGAGCAGGCCCCAGGCUGGACCUGC